AUGUUUGGUACGCAAAUAUUAUCUAACGGAUUAAAAACAGGUGGCAUUUGGCCUUUUAAUCCUGCUGCAGUUGAGGAAACAAAAUUCGAUGCUCUGAAGUUGAGCCGCUGGAAGGAACACAUAAGAACUAAUAAUCCUGCUUUGUCUGAUAAUGACCUUCCAGUCUAUUAUGUGAUCCAGAGAACAGAACCGCAUACAUUGCUUUUCAUAGCUUUAAAUGUUUUCAAUCAGAACUUUAUAGCGACAGAUAACCCAGGUUAUAUUAAGACUGGAAAAUUAAUGUUGAUGAAUGAUGAUAUUGAUGACAGCAGCGAUAACUUAGAUUUAAGACAGCCUAUUGCAGAGAAGAAUGUCACAUUUAAGGAACUACUUUUGCAAAAAGUAAAGCGUGGUGAUAACUCUGAAAAAAUAAAACGCAGCAGGGUGGCACCAGGUGCUGAAGUCAUAACUCAUAACGACGUUAUACAGUUGACUACUUAA